UUUUGUCAAUUUCAACGGCUGGUCUAAUGUGGUUUCCUUUAGCUGUCAGUGGGCUGCAUAACUGAAUCGAUUUGGUCCGUUCUCUUACAUCACAUGAAAUUCUCAUUGGGCUGUUUCCACCAGUUUUUUUAGCCGGUGAGAAGCCUUCUUGAUGGUGAAAGAAAAGGACUUUAUGGUGAAUUGGUGAGAUUGAAAGCAGGGGAGUAAUUUUAAGAGUCUGAGUGAGAUGAUCCAUGGGUUAUGCUUUGGCUUAUGAUUAUUAAUCAGUCGUAACACAGAUAGAUUUUUGAUGGAUUUGGGUCUUCCCCAUUGCAAAAUCCAUAUGAUGCAUAGUUGGAAGAACUUUCAGUAGCUUGAACUUCUUAUUUUCUUCCAGUGCAUCAGCUUUUCUUGAUUGCAAUGGCUUCACUCUCCUAGGCUUUCUCAUCAGAUGGACUGUUUCUCACUCUGGGUUGGUCUGGAUUCUCUUCAAUCCUACUGUUUAUUUGGCCUUAAAGUUGCAGAUAAGGAAGCUUUUGUCGUUCUAAGAUUAGCAAAGUUGUUGCCCUCUGUCUUUUUUUGUUAUUAAAGAAAUCAAUUACCAAGUGUUAUUAAUGGUUCUAGGCCUAGAGAAAUCCCCUAACCAACUAGGAGAAUGCAUGCCAUUCUAUAGAAGUGCAAAAGUCACGUUUUCAGAUUUAAAACAGCAUGGCAUCUUUCGAUGGGCAUGAGUUUCGGAUGCCAGAUGGCUCAUGCGUGAAGACGAAGGCCAUUGACGUUGUAUCGUCGACGGAUAUCUCUCCAUACCUUUCCUGUAUUCUUGAGGAUUCCUUCCGUGGGGGGAAUCGAGCCGUCAUUUUCCGUCUCUAUUGGGAUGUCGAGUUUUUUGACCGAGACAGUGGCAAGAAGAUAAAAUGGUGUCUAUCUGGUGUUACACUCAGCACGAGAAAUCUCUGUCUCUUUCUCGAACUGUCGGACCCGUUUCUGGACAGCCUUAAGGAUCUGUACCGUUUCUUUGCUUCCAAGUUGCUCACUUUUGUUGGUGUACGUAUCGGGGAUGACCUCACAUUGCUCAAAGAAACUCACGGUGCUGUGAUUCAUAACGUGGUAGAGAUAGGGAAAUCCGCUGCUAAAAUCCGCGAAAAACCUGUGCUUGAAUUCCUCUGUGCCAUAGGUUUGGCACAGAGAAUUCUUGGUUGGUAUGACUUGAGCCGGUUGGCCUUGAUUCAGUAUAAAUGGGAUGUGACGGAUCCUAAUGAGCGUCUUGAGGCUGCAGCCAGUGAAGGCUGGCUUGUCUGCUGUGUUUGGGAUCGGUUGAUUUUGUAACUCAUUGUCUCGUCUUUGGAUUGAAGUUUGUGUGUUUGCUCUUCUGUGUCAUUGUUCGGACAAGGCUUGUGUCUUUUUUUUUCUGUCUUAACGCUGACUUUGAGUUGCGUCAUUCAAAGGGUUUCCUUUUUUUUUUUGGUGUAACAACUCAUGUUGGUUUAUUUCAGAGGAGAAAAGGUUUUGCUUUA